GUUCCAAAAAAAAAUCACCAUUCUUUUAUUUCUUUGCCAAGUCUACAAGGAAAGAACUGUUAAAACAAAAGCAAAAACACCAAAUCAAAAGCAAUUUUUCAAACUCAAAAAAAGAAAAAUGCAGAGGCUAUUGUCUCUCAAACGUGCCUCCUCAAACCUUCCAAAGAAACUCUCAAACACCUCCACUUCCUCUUCACUCCUUCACUCUCAUCACUCUUACAAUUCCAAACCCUUCUCUUCUCUCACCAAACCCCAAAACCAGUCUCUCAGCUCUUUUCUCUCUCACCCACUUCACCACCAGGUCCCCUCUCAUUCAUCAUGGCACAGGUUUUCUGCGAAAACAAUUCAUGGGUUUUUCUCAAAUCCUGUGAUUGCAAAGCAGUUCUUGUUGAGUUCCCCAAAUACCCUCUUGAGGGUCUCAACAAGUAAGAGUCUUGUAGAUUGCAGAGUCUCAUUUCUCAGAGCUAAAUUUCAAAGGCAGAGCUUUAGGUUCAACCCAAGUUUUGAUUCCCAUAGGCGUGGCUGGAGGUCAUGGUUCCAAGGACUAACGGCUGAUGGCAUGGUUUAUGGCUUGAUUAUAGCCAAUGUUGCUGUUUAUAUGUUAUGGCAGGUUGCAGAUGGUAACUUUAUGAGGGAUAACUUUAUGAUAUCAUUGGACAAUUUUAAAAGUGGUCGAUUGCACACAUUGAUAACUUCUGCCUUCAGUCAUAGAGAUCUUGAGCAUAUUGGUUCUAACAUGAUUGGACUAUACUUCUUCGGGAUGAGUAUUGGAAGAACUUUUGGACCUGAAUUUUUGCUUAAGUUGUAUAUAGCUGGGGCACUUGGUGGUUCAAUUUUUUACUUGAUGCACAAAGCGUUUUUGGCCUCGUCAUCCAAGGGCCAGCAACUGUGGUACAGGGACCCAUCAAAGACACCAGGAUUGGGGGCAAGUGGGGCUGUGAAUGCUAUCAUGCUGCUUAAUAUAUUCCUCUUUCCAAAUGCUACCCUAUACUUCGACUUCAUCAUACCAGUCCCUGCCUUCUUACUGGGGAUCUUUCUAAUUGGAAAAGACGUGUUGAGAAUGUUAGUGGGAGAUAGUCAUAUCUCAGGAUCCGCACAUUUGGGGGGUGCUGCAGUUGCUGCCAUAGCCUGGGCACGAAUUCGAAAAGGACGGUUCUAAAUCUUUCAGUGAUUCUACUAGACUACAAACUUCUGAUUCCAGUCAAACUUGAGGAUCACAUGACAAGUUUUUCAUCCUUGGUUCACUUGUGAUUUGCUGCAACAAAAAGAGAUCACAUUCUGGUUUGGAUAUGUUUACUGGUAUCUAGUGUGCUUAAAUCAUCUUGAUAUCAAGGUUGUUGCUACCUGAACAAAUGCUUCAUUCAGUUUAAACUAAUGAACCUAAAACAAGAGGGUCAGACCAGUUAUAAUCAAGGCAUGCAUUGUAUGACAGUGCAGCUUCAUAGUUUGAA